CCGUCAAUUCCUUUCGGGCAAUCUCCCAGCACCAUCACGGCAAACUUACCCCGCAUCCGUCUAUCCUCAAUAUGGCAGAGGCCAGAAACAAGACUUUCUGCAUCCUGGGCUGCGGCAACCUGGGAACCGCUAUUCUCGAGAAUCUGAUCAACCCGUCCUCCAAUGAGGCUGAUUCAUUACUCUUUGCUAAAUUCGUCGCUUGCGUGCGAAGCGAGAGAUCGGAGCAGGCCCUGAAGGAGCGCUUUUCCAAAAACCUGCAGCGCCUAACCGUCUCCAGAGGCGACAACGUCAAGGCCUUGCAAGAAGCCCAUGUCGUCGUCCUGGGCGCGGAUCCGUCCGACAUCGAGGCAGUCUUGACCGCGCCCAACGUCCGCGACGCCCUGGCGAACAAGCUGCUGAUCAGCGUCGUCGCCGGAUGGACGCGCCAAAAGCUCGAGACCACGCUGUACGGCAGCGAAACCACGGCCAGCAACCAGGACGGCCGCGCUUGGGUGUUGCGCACGCUGCCCAACAUCGCGGGGCUCGUGGCGCAGUCGCUCACGGCCAUUGAAAUCUCGGAGCCCGCGCUGCCAGACGAACACGUGCAGCUCGCCGAGGCCAUCUUCCAGCGCGUCGGCAAAACCAUCCGCAUCGAUCCCAAGCUGAUGAACGCCAACACGGCGCUCGCGGGAUCCACGCCGGCCUUCUUCGCCGUCAUCUGCGACGCCUUGAUCGAUGCCGGCGUGGCGGUGGGCGUGCCCCGCGCAAUGGCCCAGACGACCAUCUACCAGGCCAUGCAGGGCACGGCCUCGCUCCUCCAGAGCGGCAUCCAUCCAGGCAUUCUCAAGGACCAGGGCACGUCGCCCGAGGGAUGCACCAUUGCCGGGCUCAUGGUCAUGGAGGAGAAUGCCGUUCGCGGCCACGUGGGGCGGGCGCUGCGAGAGGCUGUCACGGUCGCUCGGCUCAUGGAGACUGAGACGCAUCCUACCUACGAGAGAGGCUCUCCCGAGCGCCGCAAGCUGGAGGAAGCUCUCAAGAAGCUCCGCUCGCAGCUCCCGGUCCAAGCCACGUCGAAAUCCGAAGACCAAGUCCUGCCCUCGGAGCACGCCACCACCUUCACAAACUACCCGUUGGCCUCGAAAGAGCAAGUGUCGGCGGCCAUCGAGUCGGCGCUGAAGGCAAAGAAGAGCUGGGAAGAGACGCCGUUUGUCGACCGCGCGGCCAUCUUCCAAAAGGCGGCCGAGCUCGUCACGACAAAGUACCGGUACGAGCUGAUCGCGGCGACGAUGCUGGGCCAGGGCAAGAACGCGUGGCAGGGCGAGAUUGACGCCGCGGCCGAGCUGGCCGACUUCUUCCGCCUCAACUGCAACUUCGCCGCCGAGCUGCUCGAGCGCCAGCCCACGCGCGGCACCAACGGCAUGUGGAGCCGCAUGGACUACCGCCCGCUCGAGGGCUUCGUCUACGCCGUCUCGCCCUUCAACUUCACCGCUCUGGGCGGCAGCCUCAUCUCCGGGCCCGCGCUCAUGGGCAACGUCGUGCUGUGGAAGCCGUCGCAGUACAACAUCUACGCCAGCACCCUCGUCUACAAGAUCCUCCUCGAGGCCGGCCUGCCCCCCGACGUCAUCCAGUUCGUCCCCGGCGACGCGCAGCAGAUCACCGACACGGUGCUCGCCCACCGCGACUUUGCGGGGCUCAACUUCAUCGGCUCCUCCGACGUCUUCCGCACCAUCUACGCCCGCAUCGGCCAGGGCAUCGGCAACAAAACCUACCGCGAGUUCCCGCGCGUCGUCGGCGAGACCAGCGGCAAGAACUUCCACCUCAUCCACUCGUCGGCCGACAUCCCCAGCGCCGUCAACCACACCAUCCGCGGCGCCUACGAGUACCAGGGCCAAAAGUGCUCCGCCACGUCGCGCGUCUACGUCCCCGAGUCGCGCGCAAAUGAGUUCCUGACCAAGCUCAAGGCCGGCAUCAAGGAGAUCACGGUCGGCAACCCGGACAAGGACUUCGAGGCCUUUGUCGGCCCCGUCAUCCACCGCCGCUCCUUCGACAAGAUCAAGUCCGUCAUCGACGCCGCGAACAAGGACCCCGGCCUCAAGCUCAUCGCGGGCGGCACCUACGACGAGAGCGUCGGCUUCUACGUCCACCCCACCGCCUACCAGGCCACGUCGCCCGAGCACAAGCUCUUCAACGACGAGAUCUUCGGCCCCGUGCUGGUUGUGCAUGUCUACCCCGACGGCGACUGGAGCAAGAUCCUCAAGAGCGUAGACCAGAACGGCGGCGGCCUCGCGCUUACGGGCGCCGUGUUUGCCGAGAACCGCGCCGUUAUCCGCGAGGCCGAGAACGCGCUGCGGUACUCGGCGGGCAACUUUUACAUCAACUGCAAGACCACGGCCGCCCUCAUCGGGCAGCAGUCGUUUGGCGGCGCGCGCGCAAGCGGCACCAACGACAAGGCAGGCAGCUCGGAUAUCCUGCGCCGCUUCACGAGCCCGCGCAUGAUCAAGGAGGAGUUUUUCCCGCAGACGACGUUCAAGUACCCGAGUAAUCACUGAAUGAGGAAUUGAGGGGUGGAUAGACUGAAUGAAUGAAUGGGUGCUUUUUUUCAGAGGGUUGGGCUUUAGAAUGUAGUUAGUUAGUAUCAGUAUC